CCGCGACCCCGCCGGCGGGCCGGCUGCACCCGGGGAUCCACGGGCUGGAGUGGAGCCCGGCGGCAGCGGCGGCUGCGCCCGGAGGGUAAAUCCUGUUCUGACGUGGGUGCUGGAGGAUUCCUCAGGCCACCAGAAUGGAAGCAAGGGAAGGCAGUCGGCUGACACAGGAGCCAGUGAGACCCACAGACCCUGUGAUCCAGUCUGUACCAUGAACUUGUGUCCACCUUCUGUGCAUUGAGAACAAGGGCAGAGGCAUUGCUGGAACGCGAUGGCUCUCUUCACUCCCUGGAAGUUGUCCUCUCAGAAGCUGGGCUUUUUCCUGGUGACUUUUGGCUUCAUUUGGGGGAUGAUGCUACUGCACUUUACCAUCCAGCAGCGAACUCAGCCCGAAACCAGCUCUAUGCUACGGGAGCAGAUCCUGGACCUCAGCAAAAGGUACAUCAAGGCGCUGGCCGAAGAAAACAGGAACGUGGUGGACGGGCCGUAUGCUGGUGUGAUGACGGCUUAUGAUCUGAAGAAAACGCUUGCUGUGUUACUGGAUAACAUCUUACAGCGCAUUGGCAAGCUGGAGUCGAAGGUGGACAAUCUUGUCAUCAAUGGCACUGGAGCCAACUCAACCAACUCCACCACAGCCGUUCCCAGCUUGGUAGCACUUGAGAAAAUUAAUGUGGCAGACAUCAUUAAUGGAGCUCAAGAAAAAUGUGUAUUGCCUCCUAUGGAUGGCUAUCCCCACUGCGAGGGGAAGAUCAAGUGGAUGAAAGAUAUGUGGCGCUCAGACCCCUGCUACGCAGAGUAUGGAGUGGACGGGUCCACUUGCUCCUUUCUUAUCUACCUCAGUGAGGUUGAAAAUUGGUGUCCUCAUUUACCUUGGAGAGCAAAAAAUCCCUACGAAGAAGCUGAUCAUAAUUCAUUGGCAGAAAUCCGUACGGAUUUUACAAUUCUCCACAGUAUGAUGAAAAAGCGCGAAGAGUUCCGGUGGAUGAGGCUGCGCAUCCGGCGCAUGGCUGAGGCAUGGGUCCAAGCCAUCAAGGCCCUGGCAGAAAAGCAAAGCCUUGAAAAGAGGAAACGAAAGAAAGUCCUCGUUCACCUGGGACUCCUGACCAAGGAAUCGGGCUUCAAGAUCGCAGAGAAUGCGUUCAGUGGCGGCCCUCUUGGUGAAUUAGUUCAGUGGAGUGAUUUAAUUACAUCUCUGUACUUACUGGGCCAUGACAUUAGGAUUUCUGCUUCGCUGGCUGAGCUCAAGGAGAUCAUGAAGAAGGUUGUUGGAAACCGGUCGGGCUGCCCCACUGCAGGAGACAGAAUUGUUGAGCUCAUUUAUAUUGAUAUUGUGGGACUUGCUCAGUUCAAGAAAACACUAGGGCCAUCCUGGGUUCAUUACCAGUGCAUGCUCCGGGUCCUUGACUCCUUUGGAACGGAACCCGAGUUCAAUCAUGGAAACUAUGCCCAGUCUAAAGGCCACAAGACCCCCUGGGGAAAAUGGAAUCUGAACCCUCAGCAGUUUUAUACCAUGUUCCCUCACACCCCAGACAACAGCUUUCUGGGGUUUGUGGUCGAGCAACACCUGAACUCCAGCGACAUCCAACACAUUAACGAAAUCAAAAGGCAGAACCAGUCCCUCGUGUACGGCAAAGUGGAUAACUUCUGGAAGAAUAAGAAGUUCUACUUGGACAUCAUUCACACGUACAUGGAAGUGCAUGCCACUGUUUAUGGCUCUAGCACAAAGAACAUCCCUAGUUACGUGAAAAACCAUGGGAUCCUCAGUGGGCGGGACCUGCAGUUUCUUCUCCGAGAAACCAAGCUGUUUGUUGGGCUUGGAUUCCCCUAUGAGGGCCCGGCGCCCCUGGAGGCUAUUGCAAAUGGAUGCGCUUUUCUGAAUCCCAAGUUCAACCCACCCAAAAGCAGCAAAAACACAGACUUCUUCAUUGGCAAGCCAACACUGAGAGAGCUGACGUCCCAGCAUCCCUACGCAGAGGUGUUCAUUGGCCGGCCACACGUCUGGACCGUGGACCUCAACAAUCAGGAGGAAGUAGAAGACGCAGUGAAAGCAAUUCUAAAUCAGAAGAUUGAGCCAUAUAUGCCGUAUGAGUUCACGUGUGAGGGCAUGCUACAGAGGAUCAAUGCUUUCAUUGAGAAGCAGGACUUCUGCCACGGCCAAGUGAUGUGGCCGCCUCUGAGUGCUCUGCAGGUGAAGCUGGCCGAGCCCGGGCGGUCCUGCAAGCAGGUGUGCCAGGAGAACCAGCUCAUCUGUGAGCCAUCUUUCUUCCAGCAUCUCAACAAGGACAAGGACAUCCUGAAAUAUGAGGUGGUCUGCAAGAGCUCAGAGCUGGCCAAGGACAUCCUGGUACCCUCUUUCGACCCCAAGAGCAAGCACUGCGUGUUCCAAGGAGACCUCCUGCUGUUUAGCUGUGCUGGAGCACACCCCAGGCACUGGAGGACCUGCCCCUGCAGGGACUUCAUCAAAGGCCAGGUGGCCCUCUGCAAAGACUGUCUGUAGCCACCUGUACUCAUUCUAGCUGGGAAGAGGUGGCUCCUCUGGCAAGGCCAGGGGCUGAAGUCAUUCAGGGACUCUGGCAGAGCCUGAACUUUUUGGUCCCGGGUUUGGAUUUGGUACAGCUCCCGCUGGAGCCUACAAUCCCAGGAGCCGGUACCAAAACAAAAGUGAAAGCAGAUGUCAGGCCAGGAGCCUGGCUCCCCCUGGUGCCAUGAGCACCCUUUUGAUUUUGUGAGGAGCAGCUGUAGGGAGGCUGUGGCAGCAGCUGCUCCCACGUAAACUACAAACGACGUCUUAAGAAUCACUUAAAUCAAAACAAAACAAAUUGAGCUGAUUGAAAAGAACUUUUAAUGGGAACAUUCCUAAACCCAUUAACUUA